CGCGUCCCGGCUAACGACGUUUAAAUGUAAAUCUGCAGGCGUGGGCCUCAGUCAGUCAGUUUGAAUAACGUCUCGUCCUGAGCUGUUGAAGUUUUUGUCACCAUCUAAUUGAUUUGUGUCCCUUUCAAUAACUUGUUUCCCAGGGGCUCGUCCCUCUCCUGGGCCUGCGGAACAGGUGGCCGGCCACCUGCAUUUCUUUCUCCACUUACAGCAUCUUGACACCUCCUCCCCCCUCAAAUGCCUGACAGCUGACGGGGACCCGCUCGGAGGAGGUCACCGGACAGACGCAGCCCGCUGUGAUGCUCAGCUGCCCCUCAGCUCUUCAAACCCAGGAGACGCACCCGCGGCCUUCGGGGGGCCCCCAGUUAAUGGGGAGCGAGGAGCCGCAUGUCGGAGCAGGACACUCGGAUGCAGCCGGGAGACCUUCCCAGACCUCAGGUCGCAUCAGGGAGUCGGUCGCCUGCCAAGCCCAGGCCUGCGAACUCCGGGUUUGCGGUGACUUCGCCUCCCAGCCCUGCCGCGGUGACCGCCCCACUGGGUUCUCGGGCCCCCCCACCGCCCCCCACGCUCACCCGCUACAUGAUACUAUCAGGCAGGAGGGGGCCUCGGAGACCCGGGGGGGACCGGCGGGGCGCCCCCUCGGACACCCCGCCACAUGCGCUCCCCCUCUCGGUCCCGCGCUCUGAGACCGAGGCCUCUGAGUGCCUCCGCCUCCCGGCGGGCUGUCUUCCACGCGGCGGGCAUCAGCGCCGAGGUGGCCGGGCCAUUCAGGGGUCUCUGGGGCUGCUUGGCGGGCACCGUCGGAGUGAAAAGUUGCCACAGACGCUGGGCCCGCGAGGCCUAGCACACCUCAGGCCCGGGCCUCGGAAGGCCGUGUCCUCUCGCACCUGCCUUCCCAGGAAGUGUUCUUCCGCGUGUAGGUCCACGGACGACUUUUUCUCCAGAGCUUGCAGGCAAAGCCCCUGGGCUCGGGAGAGAGGGGACAGAGAGGACGACGCCGGUCUGGGGUCCCGGGAGAACCUGGCAGAGGGCAGCUCGGGAACGGGACGGAGGCCACCGUCACCAGCGAUGCAAACCGCCGUCCUGUACCUCCCGUGCGACACACCGAGACCACCCUCCACCUCUGCGGCAUCCCCUCGCGACCUCCGACAGCAUCGAGGUCCUGAGUGACGAGGAAAGAAUGACGGCCGUCCCCACUGGAGGUGACAGACAGUUAAGUGCAGGGUCCCGUGUGGGGUGGCAGAGAGGACAGUGGUGGGAAAACUGUGGAAAUCUGUUCACACUCGACACUCAGGGAACGGUGCUGUGCUGAGGUUGAUAAGUCGUCCGCAGGAGGGGAAGCUGGUGGAGGGCACAGGAGAGCUCUCCGUGCUGCGGCAGGCAGUUCCGCUCCAGAUCGAAGGUGUUACUCAAAUACUAAGGAUGCUGUUGAAAAAGCACUGGACGGUUGGGCGUUUCUUUACCGCGGACUUUGCCAGGAACAUUCCAGAAACCUGCAGCUCGAGCCUGCUUCUCAUCAAGGUGCCGACUGUGACGUGGUUGCUGCCCGGGUCCCCACUCCGCUAACACACCAAAAGCAAACACAUCGUUUUGUUCCUACAACACGUUUCCCCGAGCCUCACGCUGGAGUUUCUCCCGUGGGUGACGGCCGUUGCAAAUGCCGUGUGCACGCCUCGUAAAUUUAAUCUCCACGUGCGGGCUCCGCAGGUUCGUGCGCAGCUGCCAGGCUGAGCGCGUUCUCCAGUCGCGCCUCUUGCUGGCUCCGUGGCCGAGACGGACUCUCCCCUGUUGUCUGUGAGUCCGUCUCCCCACCGAGGUGUGGCCCUGGCGCUCUGCCCCCCUCCUGUGUUUCCGGGGCUCAGCGUCCCGCACAGCCGUGGCCGCCAGCGUCCAGACACACCGGCACCUCGCAGGCAUUUCCCCGUCAGGACACACGUGGGCCCUAAACGUCCGGUGCGGCCGCCUCGACACCACUGCCAGGCAUCAGCUCUGCCUUCCCGACUGGAUUUCACCCCGAGGUGCCCUGCAGACGGGGCUAAGCAUCGUGGCUGCUUUCAUCCGUCCGACUGUGAAGGACGGACCGAGGGGUAGCCCCCUCCGGGUUGUGCCCACCCAGUGCUCUCCCCAACCCGGUCCCGAGGGCCCAGAGAGGCUGAGGGUCCGGGCGGGGCCCGAGCCCUGAGAUCACGAACGGGAGGACAUGACCCUGCAGCGUGCCUCCCGCAGCGGGGGCAGCGUCGCGUCCGGACCCCAGGCUCACCCCAGCUCUGCUCCCGGCCACACCCGAUGCCUCGGCUGUUGUCGUUAACACUGUUACCUGGUGGUAUCAAAACCGCUCCAGCCCUGGCAGUGUGGCUCAGUUGCUUCGGGCCUUGUCCUGUGCAGCAAAGGCUGCGGGUUCUAUUCCCGGCCAGGGCACACGCCUGGCUUGUGGGUUCAGUGUGUGUGGGGGCUGCAACCUGUGGAUGUGUCUUCCUCCCGCCCUCCCUCCCUCCCUCC